GUAAAUAUAGUGCAUUCAAUUUACAGGGCGAAAAGUCAACAAGUGCAUUAAAGUUCUAAAUAAUGUCAUAAUGUGAACGACUAUGGCUAAAUCAUUGAGCCAUACUGGAUCAGAUGAUCCGCGACUGUCUGAUUAUUUUAGUGAACCUUUGCCUGAUAUGACCAGUGUGAACUCUCCAUUUGUGACCAGUCCAACUACUGUGUUUUCUCCAGUGCAGGCCAGGAGUAUCCAUGAUGGCAGCGACAGUGGCAUAACUACCAGUUCUCCGACUUCUAUGUUCUCAUACCACAGUGACAAUGGGAAUGAAUCAGUGAGUCAUAAUAUCUUACAUGUGCCACCUCAUCCAAGAAGUAGUUCCGGACUCUCUGGCCGCCUGUCUCAGACGUCGUUUUUAUCUGAAGGUGGUAAAUCAGAGGAUCCGCUGGUGUUUGUAGAAGAACCCAACAAGACUCUGUUCUGUAAUCUUUGUAAUAAAGUCCUUAACGAUCCUGUAAUAACAUCAUGUGGGCAUUCAUUCUGCAAGCGAUGUGUUCGUCCUGAUGUGACAUGUCCUACAGAUCGAGCACAGUUAAAUAUCCUAGCACCUAAUCUGGCGGUAUCAGAACAAGUGGGGGGCCUUCUGAUCCAUUGCAGAUACGGCUGUAAACUAUCAGAAGAUGGAUCAGGUUAUGUUGUUGACUCAAGUGGAUGCCCUGGAACAUGUAAACUGAAUUCAAGAAAGGACCACGAAGAUAAUUGUGAUUACGCUCCUGUACAGUGCCCUAACAAUCCCCACUGCCCAAUACUUAUUAAAAAAGAUUUAAAUGACCACAUUAAAAGCUGCAACCAUGUAAAGUGUCCUCAUCAUAAACACGGUUGUGAAUUUCAUGGUACACAAGAGGAAUUUGAUAUUCACUUACACGAGUGCAAGUUCGAAGGCAUGAAGGACUUUAUUCAACGUACAGAUGACCGACUGACAGAUUUAGCUGAGCAGGUGGCGGAUAAAGAUGAACAGAUUGACUUUCUACGUGCAAUAUUAAGCACCCUCUCUGAAAGGUUUGAACGCCUUGAAAAAGACAAUGAAAUGAAACUAAACCUGUUGGGAGAAACAAACAAACAGAUCACUUCAGAAUUAGUUGAUAACAGGAGAGACAUAGAAAUCAUACAUGAUGAAUUAAACCAUUUAGGGGGCAGACUAAACAUGAGCUUACAGAUGGCAGGAGCAUUUGAUCCACAGCAGAUAUUCAAGUGCAGGGGAACAUUUGUUGGUCACCAGGGACCUGUCUGGUGUCUAUGUGUACAUGGAGACUUUCUCCUCAGUGGAUCUUCUGAUAAAACAGUCAAGGUUUGGGACACUACAACUAACUACAAAUGCAUUAAGACACUGGAUGGGCACAAUGGCAUAGUGUUAACAAUAUGUGUGUUUGGUAACAAACUGUAUAGCGGGUCACAAGAUUGCUCAAUUGUCGUUUGGAAUAUGGAUACGUUUGAGAAGAUUACCUCUAUUGAGGCCCAUGAUAAUCCUGUUUGUACACUGGUGUCAGCGAGGAACAUGCUCUUCUCAGGCUCUCUCAAAUGUAUCAAGGUGUGGGAUGUCCAUAAUUAUCAACUGAAGAAAGAAAUCACAGGCCUCAAUCACUGGGUGCGGGCCCUUGUUGCAUCACAGAAUCACCUUUACAGCGGAUCCUAUCAAACUAUCAAGAUAUGGGAUCUGGAAACAUUAGAAUGUGUGCGCAACUUGGAAACAUCUGGGGGAAGUGUCUACUCUAUAGCUAUUACUAGUCACCACAUUCUAUGUGGGACAUAUGAGAACUGCAUCCAUGUUUGGGAAUUGGAUGGGUUCCAACAGAUUACAACACUUAUGGGUCAUAAUGGGACAGUCUAUGCCCUUGCAGCCCUACAAACCCCCUCAGGCACAAAGGUCUUCAGUGCCUCUUAUGAUAGGUCAUUACGGCAUUUUGAGUCUUGA